AUGGUUAAUAACUCAACUUCUCCACUGGAUAUACGCUUAUGGGAUAUCUUUUCUUGGAUUAUUUUUGGAAUUGUGUCCCUGAUUGGUAUUUUGGGAAAUGGAUUCAUCGUAGUGGUGAAUGGACACCAAUGGCUGCAAAGCAAGAAGAUGGUCCCUUGUGAUUUUCUUCUGACUACUUUGAGCACCUCCAGAUUUUUAGUACAUUUGAUCCUUCUAGUGAACAGCUCCGCGCUCUACUUCUUUCUUCAGUCUACUAGGCAUAUUUACAUAGCAGAAUUAAUAUACUUUCCCUGGACGCUUUCCAUCAUGGUUAGCCACUGGUGUGCCACAUGGCUUAGUGUUUUUUAUUGUGUGAAGGUCACCAGCUUUGCCAAUCCUCUCUUCCUGUGGAUGAAAGCAAGGAUCAAUGUGCUUAUACCCAAGCUGCUUGGAAUAUCAAUAGUAAUUUCCAUGGUUUUGUACCUUCCUUUACUUGUCAGUCUUUUUGGACAGAAAAAGGAUUGCAAUGUGACAGGAACUCUGCUAGGGAAUGUCAGUCAAAAUGAUGUUUGCAACAACAUUUUCAUUAUUUUGCUUCCUUUGGAUUUUUUUCUUUCUUUCAUAAAUUUCUGCCUGAGCACCAUUUCAUUCAUCCUUUUGCUCACUUCUCUACAGAAGCACAGAAGAAAUAUGAAGAAAAGUGGCGUGACAGACCUCAGCAUUCAGGUCCACAUUAAAGUCAUGAAAUCUUUGUUGUUCUGCUUUUUCUUCUACCUUUUAUAUUUCAUUGCUAUGAUAAUUUAUACCAAAAAUGUUAUUGAUAAUGGAACAGUUGAUGGAAUGCUUAUUAACAUCUUGUUGUCUCUGUUUCCUUCUGUGCACUCCAUUAUAUUAAUAUUAACCAACCCUAAACUGAAAGAAAUAUCUGCUCACAUCCUAAACAUCAGACAGAGACCUUCAUAA